AAGGACCGGCAGCAGUCGCGCGCCGGCCGCUGCCUCGAGAAGGUGUUUGUGUUUUUGUUGUCGCGAUGAAAAUUUGGCCGCCGUAGAGGUUAUGUUUACGCGUGUCGCGGGAACCGGACCGACCACGCAUGCUUUUUUGUGCUUAAGUAUUUCCCCGAAAUUGGACGCAUCGCCGCGUGUCCAUCAAUAAAUCAUCCUCCAGCGACAGAGCGCUCCGCGGUUCGUGAGACAGCUUUGUGACGUGCGACGAUCGCCACAUACCACUGUAAAUGCAUAGGAGCGUGAGGUGUCGCGGUUCGCGGGUGUAAAUUGGUGCGGUGGUGUUAGUGCAAAGGGCCAACGGGAGGCCGCCACGGUGGGUUUUCGAGAUGAGCUAUGAAUUUGGGCUGCCUCGUAGCCACUGUCUUCGUGCUCCAGCUCCUUCGGCUGCCGAUCGAUGUCGCAGCGUUGCCCUCAGUUGUCAAGAUUGGUGCUAUAUUCACUCAUGACCAAAAGGAUAGCAGUACGGAGCUGGCCUUCAAAUAUGCCGUCUACAAAAUCAACAAGGACAGGCUCAUCCUGCCGAAAACGACGCUGGAGUACGAUAUACAGUACGUGCCGAAAGAUGACUCCUUUCACGCGUCGAAGAAAGCAUGUCAACAGGUCAAAUACGGCGUACAGGCUGUUUUCGGCCCAUCAGACCCAAUCUUGGGCCAACACAUUCACAGUAUCUGCGACGCACUGGACAUUCCACACUUGGAAGCCAGGCUGGACCUGGACACGGAGGCGAAAGAAUUCAGCAUUAACCUUUACCCCGCACAAAGUUUGCUCAACGCCGCUUAUCAGGACAUCAUGGAGUUUCUCAAUUGGACCAAAGUCGCCAUCAUCUACGAAGAUGACUACGGUUUGGUGAAGCUACGAGAGCUCGUCAGGUCGCCGAAGUCUCGGGAGAUCGAGGUUAACCUCAGGCAGGCCGACCCGGAUUCCUACCGGCAGGUUCUCUCCGAGAUGAAAAGCAAGGAAAUACGGAAUCUCAUCGUGGAUACUAGACCGGAGCACAUGCAUCAUUUUCUACGAAUGAUCCUGCAGCUGCAAAUGAACGACUACAAGUACCAUUAUCUCUUCACGACUUUCGAUAUCGAGACCUUCGACCUCGAGGACUUCAAGUACAAUUUCGUCAAUAUCACUGCCUUCCGUCUGGUCGACGCGGAGGACGUCGGUGUGCGCGGUAUACUGAGGGACAUGGAGCGCUACCAACCAUCCGGGAAUACGAUCCUCAACAAAUCGAGAGUUAUACAGGCGGAGCCGGCCUUGAUGUACGACAGCGUGCAGGUGUUUGCUGUGGGAUUAAGGACCCUGGAACAGUCACACGCGUUAAGGCCCGCGAACAUCUCCUGCGAGCUCGAGCACCCUUGGGACGGCGGGCUGUCUCUCAUCAACUACAUAAACUCGGUGGAAAUAAAGGGCAUUUCCGGACCAAUCGAAUUCAAAGAAGGACGCAGGAUUCAAUUCAAGCUGGACCUAUUGAAGCUGAAACAACACUCGCUUGUCAAGGUGGGUGAAUGGCGUCCAGGCGUCGGCGUAAACGUGACGGACACCGCGGCUUUCUUUGAACCAGGCACCGCGAACGUCACUCUGCUCGUGAUCACGAUCCUGGAAAUUCCGUACGUGAUGAUGCACUACGAAAAAAACUACACGGGGAACGCGCGGUUUUACGGGUUUUGCGUGGACCUACUGGAAGCGGUGGCGAGGGAGGUCGGCUUCUCUUACCGGUUGGAGCUGGUACCGGACAGGAAGUACGGCGCGAAAGACCCGGAAACCGGGGAAUGGAACGGCAUCGUCAGAGAACUCAUGCGACAUGAGCAGCCGUACGUAAUGCUGAAGAGCAGAGGGAAUUUCAGCGGGAAUGCACGUUACGAGGGCUUCUGCAUCGACCUACUCAAGGAGAUAGCUCACAUGGUGGGCUUCGCGUACAGGAUCGAGCUCGUGCCGGAUGGCAAGUACGGCGUUUACGAUUACGAGACCGGCGAGUGGAACGGAAUAGUCCGCCAGCUGAUGGACAAGAAAGCAGAUCUGGCGGUCGGUUCGAUGACCAUCAAUUACGCUCGCGAGAGCGUGAUCGACUUCACGAAGCCAUUCAUGAACCUCGGUAUUUCGAUCCUUUUCAAGGAAAUGAAAUUCCAGGUACCGACCAGUCAUCCGGCUCGUCUCUUUUCCUUCAUGAACCCAUUGGCCAUCGAGAUUUGGCUGUACGUUUUGGCAGCGUAUGUUCUCGUAUCUGUGACCAUGUUCGUGGUAGCGCGAUUCAGCCCGUACGAAUGGAACAAUCCGCAUCCCUGUCACGUGGGCUCCGAGGUUGUCGAGAACCAGUUUUCACUGGCCAACAGCUUCUGGUUCACUAUUGGCACCCUGAUGCAGCAGGGCAGCGAUCUCAAUCCUAAGGCAGCCAGCACGCGGAUUGUAGGCGGCAUUUGGUGGUUCUUCACUCUGAUAAUCAUCUCUUCCUACACUGCGAACCUUGCGGCUUUCCUCACGGUCGAGAGAAUGAUAACACCGAUCGAGAACGCUGAGGAUCUCGCUGGUCAGACAGAUAUUGCAUACGGAACCCUCGACAGCGGAAGUACCAUGACCUUCUUCAGGGAUUCCAUGAUCGAGACAUACAAGAAAAUGUGGCGGUUCAUGGAAAACAAGAAACCAUCAGUGUUCGUACCGACAUACGAGGAGGGCAUUCAGAGGGUCCUCCAAGGUGACUACGCUUUUUUGAUGGAGUCGACUAUGCUGGAUUAUAUCGUACAGAGAGAUUGUAAUUUGACUCAGAUCGGUGGACUUCUUGACAGCAAAGGUUACGGAAUCGCCACACCUAUGGGCUCACCUUGGCGAGACAAGAUAUCUUUGGCAAUUCUGGAACUGCAAGAGAAGGGCGAGAUUCAGAUGCUGUACGACAAAUGGUGGAAGAGUCCUGGCGACACUUGCAUGAGGACUGAGAAAGGGAAGGAGAGUAAGGCGAACUCUUUGGGAGUGGAUAACAUAGGUGGAGUUUUCGUCGUUCUACUGUGCGGUUUGGCGUUCGCCGUGCUGAUCGCUAUUUUCGAAUUCUGCUAUAACUCGAGGAGGAACACGCCGGCGGAACGGAGAGCUCCAAUAUCAACGCCAACCGGUUCCGGUUCUCUACAAGGGAUCUCGCAGUCAGUGCAACAGCAACAACAGCAACAACAAACGCCGCAGCAGCAGCAACAGCAACAGAACCAGCAGCAAGAGUCACUGUGCUCGGAGAUGGCUCGGGAACUGUGUCGCGCGUUGCGCUGCCACGCAUCGUCGCGACGACGACGCGCCUGCGAGAAGUGCACGACGCACGUGAUCGGCUAUCCGCAGGACAACCCCACUGCCACCCCCUUAAACGGGAUGCGAUCUCAGAGAAGCAGCCUGGGUGUUCCCACGGUCGAACUGCCGCCACACAUUCACAUGCACCAUCACGCACCACCGCCACCACCGCCCCACGACUACGACGGUUCUUAGCCACAUGUUCCACGUAAUUCAAGUUUCUCACCUCUGCGAUCACCGUGAGCGUAACUAAAUGGCAAGGACAGGGAGAGCAAACAAAGGAUCAUGAAGCAAGUACAAAGCGCAUCGAGUGGCACUGGACGGAAGAACUGCGAGAAGAGUUCGUUUUACUUUUUCUAGAGAUCGACAGUAGAACACCGCCGCGAGUGUCACGUUGCGAGACAUCACCAACAUUGCACAAUUCCUCUGCGGACAUUCGCCACUGCCGGGGGUGGGGAAGGGGAGGGGGAGGACUGUUCUCCACUGUCAACCGUGUCAAUCCGCCCGCAGAGAGUUUUUCGUCUCUUGGUACUCUAUCACAAAACUUGCACCGAUAAUUAUCCGCACAUCUUUGGUCACGAUAGAGGAUCGAUUUCCUCAAGUCUGGAGUCUCGCGAGAAAGAAGGGUGCAAUUGGCCAACGAGAUAUAACAAAGUCAAUAUAUAUAUAACACUUCGCGGCAACAAUACUCUUCGCAUCUGAAAAUUCCAGAAAAAAAUUUUUAACCUAGAGUUUGCCGAAUCAAAAAUUUGAAUCGUUUCCUCCAGAAAUAGGGAUCCCUUAAAUUGAAUAGAAAAUAGGGUCUGAGCACAGCUGAGGACUAAGUUCACUGUUAGAACUUACGACGUAAGCAUCCUCGGAAUGCUAAUCUUACAAAUCCGUUGUAUCUCGUUCAUCAGUACACCCAUCUCGUGGAACGCUCUUCCUCGGCACUCGUUCUACAUUUCUUCUGCAGUUUCUUACUUCCGUAGUAAAAACACAAUGGAGUUUUUUGUUGCAAAGACAAGCAAGAUCUCGAGGCUAUUUUAUCUUGAUUAAUCCCCUCGAUUGAAUGGCUAUGGGUUUUCUGUUCAAGCAAUCAUUGAGAUAAUCGGAGUUAUAUUUUAAGAAGAGGACGCUGGAAUCUUGCGAUUCAAAUGGCUGCCAAGUACGACUAAGAAAAUUAUUCAGCAUGCAAAUCAAUAUGAAAAACUAUUCUUAAAUUUCUUAUUUUAUCGGAAAUUUAUAAAUUUUCAUGUAAUUUCCAAAGAAAUGUUAUUAUAGCGUGGAUACGCGAGUGUUAAGUUUAUACCACUAAUCUUAUAAAUUGAAAAGUCUAACUGGUCAAAUAAGGGCUGCACAAGAUUUCUUAUAAUUUUUGAAAAAUGAGCAUAUGUAUAUAGAUAGUAAUCACAUGAACGAAAAACAUCGAGAUAGAAAAUCAAUUACUAAAAAUGGCAAAAACGACGUCGUUGAACUCAUAUUAUUCCAGCAUUAUUCCAGCAUUAUUUCAACUCGAGAGACACUAUCCUCAAAUAUCUGUUAGAUCUCAUUAUUCUCUCUGCUUCUGCAACUAGGUUUCAAUCGAUCUAAUAGACGAAUUAUAAUCUUGUAAUCGAAGGAAAGGCUCCUCGGUAGUCUAUCUUCUUAAUUGAUAACGAGAUUUCGGAUGCGAGUUCUCUCAGAACAUUGAAACAAAAAGAAAAAUAGGCGACGGUCAAGGUGUCGUCUAGAAUCACGUAUUUGCGUCCACUUAAACGAAUAAACAUACGCGUACGCGCACCACACACACAUACACACACACACACACACGGCCACCGAACACGAGUACACUUUGUGUAAAUACCGCGGCGGUACGCGCGAAAGUAGAACGAUUCAAUGCGAAGUAUUUUAACUAACGCGAGACAAACGAGUAUGUGUUUAGCGUUAAACAAGUACAACCAAGUAGACGUUUGGUGUCAUUUAACGUGUGUAUAUGCAGAUAGACGGCGAAUAAAUUUAAGACAUGAAGACGGAAAUCCA